GUAGCCUUUUACCCAGCGAAAACCCUCGAUUCUUGAAAAGCUCCUCGUGCGAGUCGUUCGCAAUGCUGCUAUUGCUGGAAUACGCUUUGUUCGCAUUCCUUGUGGCAGCAAAUUUAUCGCUGGGUCUUUAUUUCUCUUUCCGGAGGAGUGCUUAUUCCAUUGGAGGUGCCACCACGAAGGAUGAAAUGUUCCUCGGAAACCGUGCGCUUGGUAUUCUUCCUCUGGCGGCUUCGUCGGUGGUCUCUCUCUUCUCAUCGCCUGCAUUGGUAGCCUUCCCGGCACACUACUACGCCUACGGCUGGCAUACCGGAUUGGCCGUCUUGACGCCUCUGCUCUGUUUGCCUCUGGCUACACAAGUGAUCGUACCACUUCUCCACGGGCUACGAAUUACGUCAGUGUUUCAGUACAUUCGUUGGCGCUUCAACAGAGCCAUUUCUCUGACGGCGUGUGUCAUCUACAUUUUUCUUACGCAAAGUACUGGCGCCAUCUCUAUUUCGGCAGCAUCGGUGAUGCUAGUCACUGUGUUCAAGGCUCCGUUGUUGUGGUGCAACAUUGCCAUUGGACUUUCCGGAACAAUCUACACAGCAUUGGGAGGCCUCCGUGGAGUGGUAUGGACGGAUUGCAUGCAGUUCAUUAUUAUUUUGGUCGGCCCUACCAUUGUGCUUGGAAAGAUCAUGGUGGACUCGCUGUCUGCAAACUCAACCGUGCAGCCACUGAGUGAUACGGACAUCAGGAUGUACAUGGGAGAUUUCAGUUUCAACUUGACCAUCGACGAAAACGUAUGGUCCUGUAUUGUGGGAACAACAGCACUGGCAAUAUAUCGACUAUGUCUUGACCAAAUGGUUGUACAGCGGAUAAUGGCAUCUCCUUCAGCGAAGAAAGCUCGAAGAACCGUGCUCUCAGGUGCUCUCUUACUUUUUCUACCAUACGCUUCCUGCAAUUUAUUGGGGAUUGCGAUGACUAUAUGGUACAGAGGAUGUGAUCCAAUGCUAUCAGGUGCCAUACAGAGGAUUGACCAGAUUAUACCGCACUACAUUACUACUGAACUCAUAAAGAUACCCGGAUUCGCAGGGCUGUACUUGGCUGGCGUUGUGAGUGCUGGAACAAGCACAAUAUCAUCAGUGAUAAAUUCACAAACAGCAAUCCUCUACGUCGACGUCAUCUGGCGUGGAUACAAAGGCGCAGACGAGCACGUCUUGAUGAUAACACGCAGCACCGCUAUUAUUCUAGGCUUGUUGAUGACAGCGUACAGCAUACUGAUUAUGAAUAUGGGAUCCUUAACUAGGAUACUUUUAAUGGUGAACACAGCAAUCACGGCGCCUUUUGUCGGAUUGUGCAUCUUGGCUGUGCUAUUUCCUUUUGUUCACUGCAAGGGCGCCGGCAUCGCGACGCUCUUGAUGGUUGCUUACCAAUUGUGGCACAUGGCCGAAGCUAUCAAAGGAGGAACAAGAGCUGCACGGCUUCCAGUGUCUCUUAACUAUUGCCCUGGGAACCAAACUAGCACAUUUGCAGCGCUUAACAUUACCUCGACAGUACCAAACAUCGGGACUGAAGGAACGUUCUUCAUCUUUCGCCUGUCAUACUUCUGGAGCAGCUUCUUCGCUUUCAUCGGAACUAUUGUCAUUGCAGUAUUUAUAAGUGCGGUUACAGGCGAAAUUCAGAAAAGAGAGGAGAAAAGGCUAUGCAAUGAUGCCUUAGUGCGACUAUGGGAGAAGAUCAGGGGCUACGCGUCGAAAAAGGAACCUCAUGUGAGUAAACAAUAUCCAUGUCAGCGUCCUUCCAGUCAGAUGUACUAACAUCAGCGCUUUCUAAUUUACAGGCUACGAAAUUCAGCUACGAGGAACAUUGUGUAUUUAAACCAG